AUGCACCUCUACAAUGCGACAGUCCCAACCUGCCAGGACUCUGAAAGACAUCAUACUCAACUGCAGCCCCAGCACCUCAAACAGGAGCAAACGAGCAAUGAACACUCCACCCAGAUCUGCACGACUCCCUCCCAGACCAGCAACACUCCCUACCAGACCUGCAAGACUCCCACCCAGACCUGCAAGACUCCCACCCAGAACUGCAAGACUCCCUCCCAGACCUACAAAACUCCCUCCCAGACCUGCAAGACUCCCGCCCAGACCAGCAAGACUCCCUCCCAAACCAGCAAGACUCCCUCUCAGACCAGCAAGACUCCCUCCCAGACCAGCAAGACUCCCUCCCAGACCAGCAAGACUCCCUCUCAGACCUGCGAGACUCCCUUCCAGACCUGCAAGACUCCCGCCCAGACCAGCAAGACUCCCUCCCAGAUCAGCAAGACUCCCUCCCAGACCAGCAAGACUCCCUCCCAGACCAGCAAGACUCCCUCUCAGACCUGCGAGACUCCAUCCCAGACCUGCGAGACUCACUCCCAGACCUGUUAG